CCGCGCUCUGCGCGCUCUUUACGUCGGAAUACCGGAGUAGGCGUUUCCGGCCAUUCAUACUCCGGGUCGGGUGGUCCUCAGCAGGCCGGUUUUGAGCACUAUCACUCGGAAAGUGUGACGGCGCCGCUAGGAUGAAGCUCGUGAGAUUUUUGAUGAAAUUGAGUCAUGAGACUGUAACCAUCGAGUUAAAGAAUGGAACACAGGUCCAUGGAACAAUCACAGGUGUAGAUGUCAGCAUGAAUACACAUCUUAAAGCUGUGAAAAUGACCCUGAAGAACAGAGAACCAGUACAGCUGGAAACACUGAGUAUUCGAGGAAAUAACAUUCGAUAUUUUAUUCUGCCAGACAGCUUACCUCUGGAUACACUACUUGUGGAUGUUGAACCAAAGGUGAAAUCUAAGAAAAGGGAAGCUGUUGCAGGAAGAGGCCGAGGAAGAGGAAGAGGAAGAGGACGUGGUCGGGGCAGAGGAAGAGGGGGUCCGAGGCGAUAAUACCGCCCAAGAUUACUGUUUCAAAGCGAUAUGUGAUUUGGGAUAUUUUUUGUACAGGCCUUGUUUGUUUAUGUCAGUUUUUAAUAAACAUAAAUGUAGG